ACUCCUUUGCACAUUUGGAAGGAACAACGGAUCCUCAAAUCACCUUUGAAUAUGAGCUACUCACGAGUCGUCAUGCGUGCUGUCGCGCCCACGAGGCGCUCGGCAACAUCGUUCACACGGUCAUACGCCACCGCUCCUGGAAGCGGAAGCAGCACCAGCGGCAACUUUGGUGGAAACAAAGUAACAGAGUCCAGCCCGUCGACUGAAGGCCGUGGCUCAGUGCAGGCGCGACUAGCGCCCAUCAUCGUAGGCGGCACGGUCCUGGCUGCGCUGGCCUGGAACUUCUUGGUACCGGGAAAGAUGGAAAAGGUCGGCGUUGAUUCCAGCGCGCCCAAGGAGUCUGGUUUGACCGGCAAGACGGCCGGCCACAAGUACAGGUCUUCUGCGUCGGUGCUCUCCGUCACCCCGAAGCAGAGCGAGCAGCAAGAGCAGUAGUGGCAGUAGUGUAGUAGUAACUCGUGUCCGCCCAAGGCUAAUGAUCAUCGAGUCGAAUCUCAAUUCAAAUGAGUCAAGAGAAGAAAAGAUGCAG